CGCUGCUUGUCACCACUGACUGUUGCACACGGAGGAAACGGUACGCUGCUCUCUCUCGGGCUGUGCUCAGACCCUAUCUCUUAUCUCACCCGCCCUUGGUCUGUUUACACGCAAAACAGUCCGUUGUUGACUGGAAUACGAUACGAAGAUCCUGCUACUAGGCAGGUUUCCUACACGUGUUCUACUGCUCAGUAUGCCAGAACGCAUGGACUAAUUUAACGACGAUGGCUUCGUUGCGAAUGGUCGCCAAACUCCGUGCUGGAGUUGUCGGAUGUACUAAACCGUUCCCCUACGCACUCAAAACAACCCGAUCUCCGGUGAAAUUACUGCAUACGAUCCAUCCCAGACAGCCACAGUGGAGGUGUCCUCCCCAAGUGGUCUUCUGCAGUACUGUAGCACCCUCUAGUGAUGUGGUGUUGCAGUAUAAACAUGGACGACCGAUGCUGGCUGUGCCGCUACCCUCCAGGCAGGAGAGCUGUCUGUUCUUCCUCAGGCCCAUGUUAAUGACUGUAGGAGACCUCAUCCACGACCUGCAGAGAGAAGACCCAGGAGUCACCUCUGCCUCUGUGCUCACCAAAGAUGGUGCACGGGUAGCUAACAGCACCUCUAUAGACGGUCUCCUGGACAAAGACUUCCAGCUCCUCAUCAAUGAUACUGUAUACAACAUCCACUCCCUGAAAGAGUCAGCAGGAUCCUCCUCCUCCUCCUCCUCAUCGUCAUUAUCCACCUCCAGUCUGGGGUGGAAUUGGUGGAAUAGUGAUGCAUGUUCCCAGUGUAAUAAUAAUAAUUUUGCCAUGAGUUCCCAGAGUGACUGUGUUGUAAUGAAUUCCACCCAUGUUGUGUGUUCAGAGGCGUCCAGUGAGCAUGUGGUGGACGUGGAGGACAUGAAGCACAUGGUGCAGCUGCUCCACACGGCCCUCCACCUGCCCCACCACCACCUCCUGAAGGAGAGGCAGCUGCUGGAGAGACUGGAUGGACUCAAACAGGACCUCUCACCUCUGGAACAGGUGAAGGCACAGCUGGCGCGCAGUGCAGAGUUCCACUCCUCCAGGACUCUGUGGACAGGUGUGGCCCUGCUGUCUGUGCAGGGCGGGGCCUUGGCCUGGCUCACCUGGUGGGUGUACUCCUGGGACGUCAUGGAGCCCGUCACCUACUUCCUCACCUACUGCACCAGCAUCGGAGUCUUCUCCUACUAUGUCCUCACCAAGCAGGAUUAUGUGUAUCCAGAUGCCAAAGACAGGCAGUUCCUGUAUUACUUCCACAAGGGUGCCAAGAAGGAGCGCUUCAACGUGCAGAAGUACAAUGAGCUGAGAGAGGAGUUGGCUUCGGUGGAAGAAGAUUUGAGACGUCUAAGGAAUCCAACCCAACUUCAGCUCCCUGUAGAACAGAUCCAGAGCCAGCCAUGAAGAGCAGCACCAUUUUCCCCCAUUUAUUUUGAUAACAAUGCAUUUUUCUUACUAACCCUGCAGAUCAUUUUAGAGUUUUGGUUUACAAUAUUGGAAGUAAUUUGUGGUAAUAGAAGUAUAGUAAUAAAUAUGAGAAAACAUC